AUGCCUGGGGGUUCAACUUUCUUGAACCCCGACGGGGACUCUGGAACGGAGGCAGACAGCGAGCCUCAGCUGGCCUUUUACACCGACCCAAACCGCAGUCGACGCCGGAGUCGAGGUAUGAGAAACGGUAACGCCAACAGCGCGUGGGGCUCAGGGGCAGCAGGUUCCCCACGGAGUCCCAUCAAUAAGACCACCCUGACUUUGAUCAGUGUCAUCAGCUGCGUGAUCGGCCUGGUGUACUCCUCUCACAUGUCCUGCAGCAUCGCAGUACGGGUGAUUCUACACGUUCCAGAGCACCUCAUCGCUGACGGAUCGAGGUUUAUUUUGCUGCAGGGGAGCCAGAUGGACGCUUCAGACUGGUUGAACCCGGCCCAGAUCUUGUUGUAUUACCAACAGAACGCCAGUGGUCCCUGGGUCAACGAGCUGUGUGGACGCCGCCUCCUGGACCCCUGUGAGCACCAAUGUGAUCCUGAGACAGAUAUUCUGAAAGUUUCAGGAAAUCUCACUGUGUGUCCUGAUCCAUUUAUAUUAUCGCAUCUGAUGCCCAGGCUGAAGGAGUCUCGCUCCCAUGAGUCAUUGCUCAGCCCCAGUAGCGCUGUGGAAGCCCUGGACAUAAGCAUGGAGGACGAGGUCGCCAUCAAGCCUGUUCACAGCAGCAUCCUCGGGCAGGACUACUGCUUUGAAGUCACCACCUCCACAGGAACCAAAUGUUUUUCCUGCCGAUCAUCCGCAGAGAGAGACAAAUGGAUGGAGAAUCUGAGGAGAGCGGUGCAACCCAACAAGGACAACAGUCGUCGGGUGGAGAACCUGUUAAAGCUGUGGAUCAUCGAGGCCAAGGACCUGCCUGCCAAAAAGAAAUACUUCUGCGAGCUUUGUCUCGACGACUCUCUCUACGCCCGCACCACCUGCAAACUCAAGACUGACAAUGUUUUCUGGGGCGAGCACUUUGAGUUCAACAAUCUGCCCGCUGUCCAGAGCAUCACAGCCCACCUGUACAAAGACACAGACAAGAAGAAAAAGAAAGAUAAAAACAAUUACAUCGGACUCGUCAAUAUCCCCAUCGCCGCGGUUACCGGGCGACAGUUUAUGGAGAAAUGGUAUCAGGUCAGCCUGCCAAACCCACCUAAGGGAAAGACCUCCGGGCCUAUGAUCAGGAUCAAGGCCCGCUAUCAGAGUAUGAACAUCCUUCCCAUGGAGAUGUACAAGGAGUUUGCAGAGUACACCACCAACAACUACAUGCUGCUGUGCUCCGUGCUCGAGCCUGGGAUUAGCGUGAAGAACAAGGAGGAGAUGGCGUGUGCGCUGGUGCACAUCCUGCAGAGCACCGGCAAGGCUAAGUGCUUCAAGGCAUACCGAUGCAGGACAGAAGCACAAUGUUUCCACCACUGUCUGCAGCAAUGA